AUGCUUCCGUCACCUAUCGAUAUCAUUUCGUUGCGCCAGAAUAUUUGCACUCAGACAUCUGACAACGUCCGACGACAAUACCUCGACGACUUCUACGCCCUGCGCCCGCGUAUUCCAGCAUUCCAGAAUUGCAGCAUUCCAGUCCCUCAAAGCGCCACAUUAUUCGACCCGCGCCCUUCCCUCAGCGGGCGGGAGCUCGUUGGCGCAGCUCCAACAGGCAAGCUGGCAACCUUGUCAUGCGAGAGCGAGGCCGCGCCUCCAGAGGGCCGCAUGUCUGCUCGUAGCACACGUCUCAAGGACGAGGGAACAAAACUCCAAGUUGUGUCCGCCGGCGCCAUAGCUGGUCUUGUAUCUCGCUUCAUCGUCGCGCCGCUGGAUGUUGUGAAAAUCCGUCUCCAGCUUCAGCCAUACUCCCUCUCCGACCCCCUCGCCCCCUUGCGCGCCGCACCCGCGUACCACGGCGCCGUUGCUACGCUUAGGCACAUCCUCCGGCACGAAGGCCUCACCGCACUCUGGAAGGGCAAUGUCCCGGCGGAGCUGCUCUACGUCUUUUACGCCGCUAUCCAGUUCACCACGUAUCGCACCACGACGCUGUUUCUUCAGACGGCCCUGCCGACAAGGCUACCCGACCCGGCCGAGAGCUUCAUCGCGGGUGCGUCCUCGGGUGCCCUCGCCACGUCGAUCACGUAUCCUCUCGACUUGCUAAGGACGAGGUUUGCCGCCCAGGGCCGCCGCAGGAUAUACGGCUCCCUGAGGAGCGCCGUGUGGGAUAUCAAGCGGGAUGAGGGGUACCGGGGCUUCUUCCGGGGCAUCUGCCCUGCGCUGGGUCAGAUCGUGCCCUUUAUGGGCAUCUUCUUCGUCACGUACGAGGGACUGCGGAUCCAGUUGUCGGGCUUCAACAUGCCGUGGGGCGGCGAAGACGCCACCGCAGGCGUUGUCGGCAGUAUCGUGGCCAAGACCGCCGUGUUUCCCUUGGACCUCGUCCGGAAGCGGAUACAAGUCCAGGGUCCCACGAGGGCUCGGUACGUCUACAGCGACAUACCCGAGUACACGAGCGCCCUGCGAGGAAUCGCCGCCAUUGCACGCACAGAGGGACUUCGCGGGCUGUACAAGGGCCUACCGAUCAGUCUGAUAAAGUCUGCGCCCGCUAGUGCUGUCACCGUGUGGACAUAUGAGCGAAGUCUCAAGCUGUUGAUGAACCUGGAUGCAAAUCGAGAGGCUCAAUUAUAA